AGACUAGCCGAAAAAAUACAUGCGAAGUUGAAAUUGAAUGGGCGUCUUGCAACAUAGAUUCGACAUUGAAAAGGAAAAAAAUACUUGAGUCAAUUAUUUAGGUAAAUAAAUUGUUUCUUUUAAGAACAGUAAACAUGAGUGAGGAAGCAACUAGACCAAACGCUCCUCGCAUGGAUAGUGAAGGUUCAGGAUUAUCUGGGAUGUUUGAUUUGAAAGAUGAAAAACAAGCUCAAGAGUACUUAAAAAUUAUAGAAAUUGAAUACAAAUUUCAAUGCCAUCAUGAGAAACAAGCAGAUGGCUGCCAUAGAUUGGCAGAUCUAUAUGAGGCUUUUAAACAUGAUUUUGCUUCGGCCAGAAAAAUAUUUGAGGAAAAUUGCGAAGAAGCGAAUCAUGGUUUAUCAUGCUAUAAGGCAUGGAUAAUUGAAUAUUUAGAUUAUUACAUUUUUUAUUAUAAUAUUUUUUCGUCUGCUUAAAAAGUAAUUAAAUGUAUGGAGACCUAUUGUAAUAAUCUCUGUAUUAAUUUAUCCAUGCAAAAAAUAGGCUGGAAAUUAUAAUCUUAUAGGAAAGGCAGGAGAUAAGGAUUUGAAGAAGGCGUUUUCGUUGUUUUUUAAAGGAUGUUCAUCAAACAAUAGACAUAGUUGUUAUCAUAAAGGACUUAUGUAUAGGAAAGGCCAUGGCGUUGAAUCUAAUCAGCAAGAAGCUUUAAAUUGCUUUGACAAAGCCUGCUCUAUGAAGGAUCCUGAUGCCUGCUAUUUAGCUUCUGCUUAUUUUUUAUCGGAAAAAUUUGGGAAUAUGCCACAAAAUUUAACUAAAGCUUUUGAUUACGCACUUAAAGCUUGCAAUUUAGCUAUCAUGAGGCUAGUCAUCCUGAAUAAUUAUGAUAAGGCCAGCGAAUGGGCGGCCAAAUACAUUAAAAAGCGAAUAAAUGAUUUUAAACCGAAUGAAAAACGCUACUUUACUUUGGGAUUACCCACGGGUAGUACUCCCCUGGGUACUUAUAGAAAGUUGAUAGAAUACCAUAAGGCUGGGCAAUUAUCUUUCAAGUAUGUUAAAACCUUCAAUAUGGAUGAAUAUGUGGGUCUACCUCGCGACCAUCCAGAAAGUUAUCACUCUUUCAUGUGGGACAAUUUCUUCAAACACAUUGAUAUUGAUCCGAAUAAUGCUCAUAUUCUAGACGGUAAUGCAGCAGAUUUAGUUAAGGAAUGCGAAGCUUUUGAAGUAAAAAUUCUGGAAGCCGGAGGGGUAGAACUAUUCGUUGGUGGAAUUGGUCCAGAUGGUCACAUUGCUUUUAACGAACCAGGAUCAAGUCUGGUAUCAAGAACGAGGGUGAAAACUCUUGCUCUCGACACUAUUCAGGCAAAUGCGAGAUUUUUCCAAGGUGAUAUAUCCAAAGUACCUCAUAUGGCUCUCACAGUUGGAGUGGGAACAGUAAUGGAUGCUAGAGAAGUUAUGAUUCUCAUAACUGGAAGCCACAAAGCUCUAGCGUUACAUAAAGCUAUUGAAGAAGGUGUUAAUCAUAUGUGGACUGUUUCGGCCUUCCAACAGCAUCCAAAGACAAUUUUUGUUGCAGAUGAAGAUGCUACACUAGAAUUGAAAGUAAAAACAGUCAAAUAUUUCAAAGAUUUAAUGACCCUUCAUAACAAACUCAUUGAAGAUGUCUAA